AUGCGCUGCAUGAGCUUUGCCCUUGAGAGCUCCAAGAGGAAAGAGGGCAUCUACUCCAUCUUGGACCUCCUCAAGUACAACUUCUACCUUCCAUUCUUCUUCUUUGGGCCUGUCAUGACGUUUGACCAGUUCCACACCCAGCCCCGACCUCCGCGCUUCCCUCUCUCGCAGGCCUGCUUCGCCUCGCUGGUGAGCCAGGACUACGUGAACGGCACGGACCAGGAGGAGAUCCGCACCGGUGUUGAUCAGUGCAUCCAGAAAUUUCUGGAUGUUGCAAGACAAACUGAAUGCUUUUUUCUACAAAAAAGACUGCAGCUAUCAGUCCAGAAACCAGAGCAAGUAAUUAAAGAGGAUGUUUCAGAAUUAAGAAAUGAAUUGCAGAGAAAAGAAGCAUUAAUUCAGAAGCAUUUAGGGAAACUGCGACACUGGCAACAGGUCCUGGAAGAUAUCAGUGUACAGCACAAAAAGCCUGCAGAAAUGCCUCAAGGCCCAUUAGCUUACCUAGAACAAGCAUCUGCUAAUAUUCCUGCUCCAAUGAAGCAAACAUGAUCUUUGAUUUUAUGUAGCUGAGUAUUUUCAACAAUGCAAAGCAGUGUUCUUUUUACUUUGUAUGCUUUUUGUAUAAUGUAAUUUGUAUUACAAAUAUGAAUAGUUAAGACAACUAAAAGUAAUUUUUUUCUUUCCAAAUAUGGAUUGAUUUUAUAUUUCAGUGGGAAAUAUGCAGAGCUGCUACUCAUGAUGCUUUCUGGUAGAAGUGUUUUCCAGAAUGCAUCCUGUUCCUUCUAGAAAGGGGGACCCUAGCUCUCCCCUAACUAUAUCUUUGCUGGUACGAUGAAAAGAUUUGCAAUGAUUGCUGUUUGGUUUUGCUGGAAGAUUUAAAUGUUUUAUGAUCCAGUCAUUAUCCUAUUAUCCUUAAGUACCACUGUAGAAGCACUCUUAGAAUUGUCUCUAUCUAGGUCAGAUCAAGAGUGUACUUUUUUUGAAGGGAAUUGUCCAUCUCUGCUGGAUUUUUGCUCACCUCAUGAAGGUGGGUCUCAGCAUACACAAAUUUGAUUCUAAUAAGAUGAAAUGAAAUUAAAAAAUGCACUAUGCCCAUUGGGGCAUACAUAGUGCAGGUCCCAUGUUACUGGUGUUCUUUGUGUCAGGUUUGUGUAGAGAUGGUCCAAAAUAAAGAGCACUCAUUGUAGAUGUUGGGUCAUCAGCUUCUAUUGGGGUGCAUUAUUCAGUAAUGUAAGCGUAGACAAAAAAAGAUUUUGGUGGUAGAAACAGCAAAGGAGCCCUGUUUCUCUAUUACUAGGCAACAAGCUUAAUUCAUCCAUAUAGGCAGGAAAGCCACUUUCUACAGACCCAGUCCCUAGAAAUUAAUAAUUAGAAUAUUGUAACCCUGGAAUCUUGAAUUAGCAGUUGUGUACUGAACUUUGUGGUGUGCUUUUAAAGUUCUAGGGGCAGAGUGGGUGAAAACUAAUGAAAAAGCCCUAUACAUUUCUGAUCCUCUCAGAUACCAAGGCACUCCUCAGUGUAACUUACUGUACACCAUUUUAUCCCCUUGAUUAUAUGUGUAAAAAGUGUCUUCUUGCCAAAUUUGAUGCUAAAGUCUCCUUCCAAACCAAGCAGUUCAUCUUGGAAAAAAAACCUAGACAGCUGGGUUUAAAGCACUGGCCUGUAGAAGCAUUCUGACCCUUCUGCCACCUUUUCACCACCGGUGAGAUGCAGGGGCUGUUUUGUAGUAAGUGCUGGCAUUUGCUGGUACAGUUCUUGCUGGCUGUUUGAUACAAGAAGGGGUCAGGUAAAAGUUGUUAAUGUAGCUGGGCCCUGCUAGUUGAAAUUAAAUGGGAAUUCAACUCGUACAGCAGUUGAAAGAUGAACUAGCCUGUCUUAAACACAGCUGCUGGUUGCGCAAUUCUCCACCUUUCACAUUUGUUGAUGAAUUACCUAAGUGUUAAUUUCUUUCUGACUGUCUUUCCCUCCCAGUAAUGAGUUAGCUAGCAUGAUCUGAUAAAUGGAGUCAUUCCCCCGCUUUGCAUGUAGGUGGGCAUUAAGAACAAUGUUGAGAUAAAAUGCACAAGUACACAGUUCCCAUAGAUCUGGAACUGUAUCACUCUGACUUGCACUUCAGCAUAACAUAGCGCUACUUGGCAAAACAUAGAAAUGGAUGAUUUACAAGCAAGUUUUAAUGUUCAUACUUACAUAUUAUCCUAAUUUACCAGGCUGAUACAUGUACUGAAGUGCAACAGGAAUACUGUAUUUCAAUGCUGACUAUACAAACCAGUUUAUUAAGCAAACCAGAAGUAUUUCUAAACCAGCCUGCUAUAAACAUGCUACUAUUGGAGGUAUACUGCAUGGUGUAGAGCUUAAAAUAAGUUUAACAAAAACUUGUUAAAAAAUUAAAAAAUUGCACUAUUAUAUACAGAAAUUAUUUUAAACAGCUGAUUAAGCAAAUAUGUAAACCUACAGAAAUCUACAGAAAUACCAUCUUUUUUUGCAGCUGGAGCCAGAUGGACAGGAAGUAUCGGAGACCAAAUUGCAUAUUUAAUGUAAUUGUGGAGUGGUAAAGCCUCUUGAUUAAAAAGUCUUUUCACA